GGAUGCUCGGUGUGUCACAAGAUCUUCCCCCUGCAGCGCAUGUUGACUCGUCACCUCAAGUGCCACAGCCUGGUGAAGAGACAUCCAUGUCGAUUUUGUGGCAAAGGAUUCAACGACACCUUUGACCUCAAGAGGCACAUGAGAACACACACAGGUAUCCGUCCCUACAAAUGUGAGCUGUGUGAGAAAGCUUUUACCCAGCGAUGUUCUCUGGAGUCCCAUAUGAGGAAGAUUCACGGUGUUCACCAGCAGUAUGCCUAUCGACAGAGACGGUCAAAGAUUUUUGUGUGCGAGGACUGUGGCUUUACCUCGAGUCGGCCUGAUGAAUAUUUCCUCCAUGUGAGACAGCAUCACCCCAGUAGUCCUGCCCUCCGCAGAUACUAUCGCCGCCAGGCGCACGAGAGCAGCAGCUUUGCAUCGACAGAUCCUAAACUCAACCCCUACCUGUUAUACUCAGCCCCUGCAUACUACAUGUAG